GUGAAAAGAAAGAUCAAACCAUUCAAAACAAAAAAAAAAUGUCGGAAGAAGAAGUGGUGGUGUUGAACUUCUGGCCAAGUAUGUUCGGAGCAAGAGUGAUCAUGGCGUUAGAGGAGAAAGAGAUCAAGUUCGAGUACAAGGAGGAAGAUGUGUUUGGUUAGAAAACCGAUCUAUUGCUCCAAAUGAAUCCGGUCCACAAGAAAAUUCCGGUUCUCAUCCACAAUGGUAAACCGGUAUGCGAGUCCAAUAUCAUACUCGAAUACAUCGAUGAUGUUUGGAAAGAGGAUAAAACUCUCCGUCUACUACCUUCUGAUCCUUAUCAGAAGGCACAGUGUACAUUUUGGGCUGAUUUAAUUGACAAAAAGGUUUUUGACGCCGGGAGAAGAACGUGGACAAAGAAGGGCAAAGAACAAGAAGAAGCGAAACGAGAGUUCAUAGAAAUCUUGAAAGUGUUAGAAAGAGAGCUUGGAGAUAAGGUCUACUUCGGAGGAAACGACAACGUUUCGAUGGUGGACUUGGUCCUCAUCUCCUAUUACCCUUGGUUCCACACAUGGGAGACAAUUGGUGGUUUUAGCGUCCAGGAUCACACUCCCAAACUAAUGUGUUGGGUUCGUAAAUGUUUGACCCGACCAGCUAUCUCGAAAUCUCUACCUGACCCGCUAAAGAUCCUUGAUCGAGUCUCUCAGAUCAUCAAGGUCCAUGAGUUCUUCUAUGGUUAUUGACACUCCACACUUGUACGCUCUAUUUAUGCAAGUUGACCAAAACAAUAAGAAAAAGUUGCAAUGUACGUACCAUAUGUUAUUUUAAUUGUAUGUCUUGAAAAAUGUUUGGGUGUGAUCCGGUAAACCACCUUUUAAGUCAUUAAAAACCCAAAGCUUAAAAUG